AUGAAACUUCGCAAUUCUCUAAUUAAUAUGUUGGGUGAAUUUAUUGGUCUUCAUAAAACACCUGAUUUCAAAUUAAAUGCUCAAUCAUCACAAGCUAUCAUUGAAGCAGUAGCUGCAGAAACACGACGUUAUUCGUUAUCAAUGAAUUAUUCCACAACAGAUAAUAAUGAAUACCCAGUAGUGCAUCAACGAUCAUUCUCGACAAACAGUGCACAUGAUGGAAACGAUCUGGUAAGCAUGGAUCCAUCAUGUCGCCGUCUUUCAGAGCCUACGUCAUUGCCGUCAUUUACGCCACCCAGAAAACGUCAUGUUGAGCAACGAUUACUCUUACAUUCUCAGAAAAAGAAAUCACGAAAGCAAAAUACACUGAGUAGCUUUUUUGGACGAAGUGAUAAGGAAGUAAACAUUGAUAAUUGUUUCAAUGAUCGACAAUCAAAUCGAUAUAAUCGACGAGGUUCUGAGACAUUUUGUGGUUCAGUUGCAGCAUAUUCAAAUAAUUUGAGUACCAUCAAUACAAGACUGUAA